CAAUAUAUUACAGCACAGUAAACGUUUUCGAUUCCUCUCUUUCUUUCCCCUUUGUCUGCAUCAACUGUUUCUUGAAAGUUGAAAGUAUCACAUACCCAGAUAUCCUCUCUCUCUCUCUCUCUCCCUCUAGAACUAUGGCAAAGGGGAGAGAAGAAGGGGAGGGGUGUGUGCAUUGGGAUGGGGUUAUAGAGGGUAUGCCUCUUAUUGCAAAGGAGUUGAUUGCUGGGGGUGUGGCUGGUGGGGUUGCAAAAACUGUUGUAGCUCCCCUUGAGCGAGUCAAGAUCUUGUUUCAGACCAGAAGAGCAGAAUUUCAGAGCAUAGGGUUACUGGGAUCGUGUAAGAAGAUUGUGAGAACAGAAGGGGUGCUGGGCUUUUACAGAGGGAAUGGAGCAAGUGUUGCUCGAAUUGUUCCUUAUGCGGCAUUGCAUUAUAUGGCAUAUGAGCAGUAUCGUCGGUGGAUUAUACAGACUUUCCCAGACAUUGGAAGGGGUCCCGUUCUUGAUCUCGUGGCAGGAUCAUUUGCUGGAGGAACUGCUGUGCUGUUUACUUAUCCUCUUGAUUUAGUUCGUACUAAGUUGGCAUACCAGGUUGUGGGAUCACCAAAGUUAAAUGUUAAAGGGCUUGUUCAUAGUGAACAAGUAUACAGAGGGAUUGUGGAUUGUUUUUCCAAAACCUACAAAGAGGCUGGGAUAAGAGGCCUAUACCGUGGCGUGGCUCCAUCACUCUACGGAAUAUUUCCUUAUGCUGGCUUGAAGUUUUACUUCUACGAGGAAAUGAAAAGCCAUGUCCCUCAGGAACACAAGAAUGAUUUAGUGGUGAAACUUGUGUGUGGAUCCAUUGCGGGUUUAAUGGGUCAAACUUUUACAUACCCUCUUGAUGUUGUUAGGCGGCAAAUGCAGGUUCAACGACUCUUGUCGUCUAAUAGUGGAGAUUUGAAAGGGACAAUGGAAAGUCUUGUUAAGAUUGUCCACAGUCAGGGGUGGAGGCAAUUAUUUUCAGGGCUCAGCAUCAACUACCUCAAGGUUGUGCCAUCAGUGGCGAUUGGUUUUACUGUUUAUGAUGUUAUGAAAUCGUUCUUAAGGGUUCCGUCGCGAGAUGAAGCCACUGUAGAAGUGGUGACCAACAAAAGGAACACCAACCAACCAUCAUCCCUGCACUCAUGACUACCCCAUUUUUGGAACUCAACAACAGCCACAUUGACCCAGUUAUUGAAGGGUACUUGUGCUUGGCCAUCUUUACAAUGCUGAAGGCUGUCGCCUAUGUUUCAGACCAUUUAAUAAGGUCAAUCCAUUUAGCUAAGCUAUGGCGAUUAUUAAUAAGGUCCGUAUAUAUCAUUGAUUCAAGAUUUCAACACAGCUUUGUAUACUCUCUCUCGCUCAAGGUUGCAGAUGUGCAGUUUAAUGAUCUCAUUAAAGGACGGCUUUGUUGUUGCUCAUAA